CAACCUGCUCGCUUUUGAGAUCAGUUGGUGAAUAAAUUCAGUCGUGUUCAAAUCGUCAGUUGUGAAGUUACUUAAUAAAAAAAUUACCUAAAAAAUGCGUUUGGGGGCAACAGUACCGAAUUUCAAAGCAGAGACCACUAAGGGUCCAAUUAGCUUUUACGAUUGGCAGGGGAAUUCUUGGGUUGUACUAUUCUCGCAUCCAUCGGACUUCACACCCGUCUGUACCACUGAACUGGGUCGCAUCGCUGUCCAUCAGCCGGAGUUUGCUAAGCGUAAUGCCAAGUGUUUGGCGCAUUCAGUGGAUGACCUGAAGUCACAUGUUGACUGGGUAAAUGACAUCAAGUCCUAUUGCCUGGAUAUUCCCGGUGAAUUCCCGUACCCCAUCAUUGCUGAUCCUCAUCGUGAUUUGGCUGUACUCUUUGGCAUGUUGGAUGAGGAGCAGAAGCGAGAUGUAGAAAUUGGCAAAACCAUACGCGCACUCUACAUCAUCAGCCCCGAUCAUAAAGUGCGUUUGUCGAUGUUCUAUCCCAUGUCCAUGGGCCGUAAUGUUGAUGAGAUUUUGCGUUGUCUCGACUCAUUGCAAUUGACAGACAAGCUGAAGGUGGUGGCCACACCCGCUAACUGGACGCCUGGUACGAAAGUUAUGAUUCUACCCGAUGUGACCGACGAGGAGGCAGAUAGACUAUUCCCAAAAGGCUUCGACAAGGUUUCAAUGCCGUCCGGUGUCAACUAUGUCAGAACCACAGAAAACUACUAGAUUUUAAUGCUGCAAAAUUAUCAAAAUCAAAAUCAAAGCAAAAAUAAUUACAAUUUGAUUCUGUUCGAAUUGAGUUGGUGCCCUUAUCUGUAUGUUUUAAGUAUGUGCUGAUCAUUUUAAAAAUGAUUUUGUGCUUGAUUUUUAGAUUAUUGUUAUUUUUAAGUAAAAAAGCAAAAAAUAAAUUUUGAGUGCAAUUCAAUUU